AAAUUGACAUUUAUGCACUAUUUUAAGGUUAUGGCACAAACGCAACUUCUUUAUUUCUUCGUGUAUUGAAACAAAAAGAAACUUAUUUUCUAUGAAAUCGAUUAUUUCACGUUUUGAGUGAAGAUGUGUUUCGGACCGCUGGCUAAAGUACGACAUUGGGGACCAUUAACCGCACUUUGUAUCAUAAAAUGCGUAACCGGCGUCACUAUUCAUUGUUCAAAUAUUUGGUGGCCUUCCUCAUCGUUCGGAGGUCUUCUCAAUACGAUUUGUUUCAUGUCGUUAUCAGGAUUAACUUUGUAUAAUUUUUUAUCAGCUAUUUUUCAUGGACCUGGGUUUUUACCACUUAAAUGGAAGCCUGAAAAUGAAGAAAAUACAGCUUUUUUACAAUUUUGUAAUGUUUGUAAUGGUUAUAAAGCUCCUAGAUCACAUCAUUGCCGAAAAUGUAAAAGAUGCGUUUUAAAAAUGGACCAUCAUUGUCCUUGGAUUAAUACUUGUGUUGGUUGGGGAAAUCACGCACAUUUCGCACUUUUCUUAGCUUUUGCAGUCUUGGGUUGUUUCCAUGCGUCGAUAAUUUUAUCAUGCACUCUAUAUAGAGCCUUCUAUAGAUCUUGGUAUAUUUACCACGGUAUUACCGGCCAACCCAUUGUUGUUUUGGGGUUAUAUGGGAUUGUAAUUUCCGUUUUUGCGCUUGGUUUAGCCCUCGGGGUUGUAAUUGCAGUUGGGAUCUUAUUUUUCUUCCAAGCUAGAGCGAUAGCAAGAAAUAGAACAGGAAUCGAAGACUGGAUUAUUGAAAAAGCAAACCAUCGACGAAAAGGAACCAAUGAAGUUUUUGAUUUUCCCUAUGAUUUGGGAGUUUCAAAUAAUAUCAAACAAGUUAUUAAUUGGCAGGCGGUUCCUGUUGGUGAUGGAAUUAAUUGGAGUGUUAAAGAUGGGUGUGAUGAAUUUGCUUUAACAAAAGAACAAAUUGAGCAAAAGCUAUCAAAAAGACAACGAACUCGCUUAUACUUAAUCAUUAGAGCUUCUUCUGGUUCUUGGUUGCCAAUUACGCAAGGUUUUGGUGUUUGCCUUCACCCACCUUGCACUGAUGAACCACGAUUAAAACUCUCCAUUGGUGAUAAACUUUUAGUGACAAGAUGGAGAAAAUAUUGGUUAUUCGGGGAAAAAAUUGAAAUAAUUGAUAAUCCUCAGGAACCAAGCAAAAAGGGAUGGUUUCCGAGAAUUUGCGCGGAAGAAUCCGCAAUGGACGAUGGGUUUGACAUCAACAAAAAAUUCCAUUAGAUAAAUUAACCUCAAAAAAAAAAACGACUUAGAAUUUUUUAUUUUUAAUAUAUGUACUUAUUAAGAUAAUUUAACUAAAAAUGUACAUAGUUCAUACGAAAAAAAAAGGAAAUAAACGAAAUGAAAUUAUUUUAAAAUUAAUAAAUCCGAAAAGUUAGGUUAUGUUUAUCAAAUUAAAUUUUAGUUGUCAAAUAGGACAAUAGAUGGAGUUGAUUUAGUAAAAUAAAAUUAUAUUAAAACAU